UUUUAGUCACUUACGAGUCAAUAAGAUAUUUACUUUAACGAAAUUCUUCGAUGAAGAAGGUAAUUUUAUACUGGGGAAACUCCACAAUUAUUAAACUUGGUAGAUCACAAUAUUUACAUAUUGAUACAGUUUGCAGAAAAGGGAGACGUUAUCAUUACUAAUGACAAACUGUUACAUUGAUAAGUAAUGUCAUAAUCAUUUAAUUAGUGAAUGGUGUAGAUUUGAUUAACACUAUAUUGAUAGCUUCUGGAUUUUUUAUAAGGACUAAAAGUUGCUGCUUCUUUUCAAUAUCUAAAUAAGCUAAGUCUAUGAAAACAUCGUGACGAAUUAAAUAUAAACAUUGAUAUCUUAAGCAAUAUGUACCAAAGUGCAGUGUUUUCAAUAUUCAUUUUACUCAUAGGCCAUAGCAUACCUAAAGUACCAUAUUAUAAUAGUUGAGGUAAUAUCGCAGGAAAUAGGAUGCCAACUGUAUUUGCUUAACUCUGAUCUAAUCAGUGUAUGAUGAGUGGUGUUUACACUGGCAUUUCUCUCUUUAGUGCUAUCUGUCUCACGCAGCAGCCUGUUUAUUCGAAACGAGAACACGAAACGUUUAACAAUUACGAAAACGAACGAUAAAAUUGAGAUGUGGUCAUGGGUUUUUCAUACAAAUAUAUCAAAUUCUUUUUUGUGUUGCUACAGAGCUCUUCAAUAGUCAAUGGACUCAACAUUGAUUGCCAUGGGAAAGCUUUUCACUGUGUUAAUGUAACACACUUUAGGAUAUGUGUAGACCUUGGUGGUGGUAUUUCAAAAACCGUGGAUGACUUCCUACUUCCCUGUCCAGACAAUACCUUUUGCAUGCCGGCGAAUCGUUAUGAAUGCGAAUAUCAUGAAACAACGACGACAACGACAUCUACUACGACGAUUAAAAGUGAUUUCAGUGAAAUUAGUGAAUUAAGAAAAGUGUCCGUCAUACCAUUACUUGCUGCUGAAAAGAAAUCAGAAACUACAACUGCAGCUGUUAAAGAAACAACAGAAAAGUCUUCGACACUCUCAAUUUUAAAAAAUAUUGAAGACACCUCUAGUAAACCAGCAUCAGAGAAUAUGAAAGAUGAAAAAUUAACAAGUGAAACAUUUUUUGAUUUUUACCCAACCGAGAGCUACUUAGCAUCUGCAGAACAAAAUUUCGAUACUAAUAAUAUUAAUAAAGAAAUCGAAAAUCAUUUUGAGAAUACAACAAAAGAUUUCAAGAUAAUAAAUAAAACGGAAUACUCCAGUCCAAAAAGUGAUAGUUCAAAUAGAAUUAGUGAUAAAAAUGUGACGUUAGAUAUUAUAAUGACAGAUGAUAGUGUUAAUAACAUCGAAAAUAAUAAUUAUACAAUAAAGAUAGAUCAAGAAAAAAAUAUGCCAAGUGAUAAUAAAACGAUUUUGAAAAUAUUUGUAAAUAUACCUUAUGAUAAAUUAAAGCAUACUCUGAAUAACAAUAACUUAAGUGAUAAGAGUAUGAUAGAUAGUGAAACUGGCGGUAAAAAUGUAAAUCACGCAACUUUGAACCUGUCUAAUGGUAUUGAAAAAAACGAAGAGCACCGAGUGAAAGAAUCCUCUUCAUUAAAUCCAACCUUAUCGAUUAGAAACAUUUCAUUUGUAGAAAAAACAAAAAAUCAUGAGAAUACAACUGAAGAUUUCCACAAAAUUGAUAAAUACUUCAUUAAAAAAAAUGAGGAUGCGAGUCAAAUGCGCAAAGCGACUAGUGGUCAGAACGUAAAUAUCGCGUCUUUGGUGUCGAAUAGUACAGGGAGUGAAAAAGACGAAGACGAACGAGUACUAACUAAUUCAGUACAACCAAAUUCUUUGUUUCUAGAAACAUCCAUUAAGGACGAUAAAGUUGGAGAAAAAGAUAUCUUAACAGAAAUUAAUACUUCUAGUGUUGUACACGUUGUAUUAAAUAAAACCAGUGAUAAAAACAAAGAAGGAGAAAAAAAUGUCCUCAUUCCCAACUCGUUACUAACAACAAAUAGUAGUUUAGCAGUGCGUGACGAUUACAUAGAUGCCAAAUUUAAUAUAAGUGGUAGUGAAACGCUGGAUUCUCGAUCUGUUCCCGUUUAUGAAGAAAUUAAAGGUAAGGAUAUAACGAAUGUUAUAGUUACGAUAUCGCCAACUAAUAAUAAAAAUAAUUAUUUACAAGUUGUAACUGAUGUUUCUACAAACGGUGAGCAGCUAUUAGAUAAUUUUAUGAGUACCAGUGCAUACCCAGAUGUAAUCGUCAUCAUGAGAAAUUACACUUUUGAUGAGAAGAAUGAAACGACUGUAACUAGUAAUACUGUCAUUCAUAAACAAUCAAAAGAAAUUGUAUCUAAGCAAUCAAACCCUGGUGAAGAACGUAGCACUAGCGUAACCAACAUUACAUCAUUUGUUGAUGACCAUUAUUUAAAUUCUUCGCUGUCGCUUAAUUUAGAGAGUCCUGUGGAAACUAUGAUACCUACUGAUGUAUCACAAUUGUCGGAUAAAUUGAAAACCGAAAUAAGUAAUGUAAGUAAGUUCACUAAUUCAAAUAACUUUUCUGUGUCUCUAAAUGAUAAAAAAACUGAGAUAACCGAAAACGUUUUUACAACAAAGGAGUCUAGUAACAGAAAUGAAAAUAAAACUAAUUAUUCUGAAAAUAAGAAAAUAUUUAAUGGAGAUGCACCAAUAAAUAGUAAUGUGUUGAAUGGAACUAUUCAAGAAACAGAAGCAAAUUCACCCAAGACGAAUACUGAAAGUUUAAAUGAAAAUGACCCUAAAUUAUUACGUGAAGCUAAUACACUCAGCAUUCUAGAACUACAGACAACAACUGAAGAUAGUGGAGUUGUAAAAGCUACUACAAAUAAUAUUAAUGAACUUGAUUUUAGAGAUGACCAGCACAAAACAGUUAUAGAAACAGAAACUGUUAAAUAUACUGCUAAAAAUGAAACAAUACAUAAUCCAGCAGACCUAACAGCCAAUCAAAUUAAUAAAACAAUAAACAGUAACAUAAUUCCUAAUUCCAUAAACAACUUUAUGUCAUUAUCGGAGUUUGAGAAUAACCUAACCACCGUACCUGAAAAUGAAGUUAUAAAAAGAGGUUUUGAUAACGAAAAAAAUAGUGAUGAUAAUCCUAGCAGUAGAACUUCAAGCAGUUCCAAUUCAAAUUUAUUACAUGAAAUACAAACAACUAGAAUAUACGAAACAAUAACAACUAGUACCGCUUCUGUUUUAAACAUAAAUAAUGAUGAAGAUCCACACAAAAAAAAUACUGCUAGUUUUCUUUUUGCUACUGAACCGUCAACUGAAAACUACUACACAUAUUCCCCUGACUCACCAGUUAUACAUACAACAACUAAAAGGCAUGUAGAGGCAAAAGAAAAGGACACUGACCUGUACGUUUAUGAUUCCAUAACUGCGGUUACUUCUAGUAUCGUUCAUAACUCCUCACUAUUAACCGCAACUGAAAAAUACGAUUCGAGUAAAAUUGCCUUAGAAGAUUUGUCUUUAACAGACUUGAGACUUGUUAUGAAUAGAAAUAUAAAUGGAAGCAGGUGGCUUCGCUUAAAUGAAAACAUUCCUUCGGCAGCUGUAAAAAACGAUACCAUCGCCUUCAAUAAUUCUGUUGUCUAUACACAUAAUAUACAAAAUACUUACAAUACAAGUGACGAUUCGUCAUUAUUUGUUGCAACUACAGAUUCUUAUGUGAUUAGCACAAUUACGAGUAAUUCGUAUACAACAAAAUCAGAAAUCAAGAUCGGACAACCAAAGGUAACAAAUACCUAUUUUACAGAAGAGAAAUUCGUUGCGAGCACUUCAAAAAAAAGUGAAACACAAAUUAGUCCGCCAUCAGUUUAUAAUUUACAAGAACGCAUCGAUACAAAAGCAAUAAAUAGCGUUUUAAAAACUUCUUCGAUUGAGCCAUAUGAAACUACAACCCAAAUUGAACAAAUUUAUUUUACAGAAAUCGAGGCAGAUUCGAAUAGGGUUUCUUCUAACAUUCAAUUUGAUAAAAUAAGUAAUAAUACUGCGUAUCCUAACAAAAUAUUUACAGUAGAUUUUAACACCACUAGCUCUGAUGGAGCUUCAUCAAAAAGAGGACUAAUUGAAUUUGAUCAACUCAAAAUUAUGAAGAAUGCUACUGAAAUGGACAAGGAUUUCCCUUUAAACCGCUACCCCAUUCAUUUACUUUCACUUUCGAAAAGCAAUGAUAGUGACAGCUCACUGCUAUUGCAUGAUGACAACUUAGAUCCCACAACAGAAACAAUGAAAUCUGGAGCCAACUUAACACACAACGCUCGUCCUGAUAAUGUUUCUGAUAAAAAUGACUUAACCAAUAACACAUUAAUUAACGCGACGGAAAAAUAUCAAACUAUUAUUUUUACGUCUUAUUCAAAUACACAUCACACAGACACAAACAACACCAAAGUAAGCGACACUAUUACGUCCAUAAUUAAUUCAAUUAAUCAAAGCGUGCCAAUCCAAUUGGAAAUAACAACAAAAAGUAGUAAGGAGUCAAAACUAAAACAACAUUUAAAUACAACAGAAUUUUCUCACUCCACGCUGCCUAUUACACUCACUAGAGUCGAAAGAAUUAACUUCACCGAUGAUAAAAACAUACAAGGUACAAAAAGUAACACAACGGUAAAUAGCUAUAAUAAUAUAUUAGACAAAGACUUGCCAUUGAAUAUUUCCAAAAAUAAUGACACAAUCGAUGUUCUAUUACCAACUCAGGAUUAUAUUUCCUCCUUUAUAAGUACCCCAAAAACACCGUUAAUUAGAAAUAUAUCAUUAGUCUCACAGUCUAAAGGGGACAUAAUCUCUACAGAACCAAUCAAUACUAAUAUACUACUUAAUAUUAAUAAUUUAACUACCAGUAGUAGUAUUUUAGACAAACUAGUCAGUGAUUUUUAUGCUAUAAAUUUAGAAACAAACACAGAAGAUAAGUUAACGAAUAUUAACUCGCAGAAUAAUAUUGAUAUAAUGUCCAAUACUCCAUUAAAUUUACAAAUAACCAACGGAACACUACGGCCUCUAUUAAAAACAACAUUAGGAGAAAAAACAAAAAAAUCAUCUAACACCCUCAAUACAUUAAAAUCAACAGCUGUUUACGAUCAUACUACCAGAGCUUAUAAUCCCGAAGUAGAGUUAAAUAAUAAUAAUAAUAGUAAUACUGCUUUAAUUGAUACGAUAUCUGGGAAUAACGAAAAUUUAGACACAAAAUUAACCGGAAAAGGUUUGAAGGAUCUACUCAAUAUAACUCAAUCAAUUAAAAUUGACACUGGAAAUACUAGAACACAAUAUUUGCUUGCACAAGUAACACUUCCAGCCAUAAUUUUACCCAACAAUUUACAAAAUAGUAAAGUACAAAAUGUUACAAAAACUAACUCACUGAAUGCAUCUGAUACUAUUGUCAUUCGACAGAACGAUGCUCUUAACUUAUUAAAAAUAAAAGUAUUACCUACACAAUAUUUCAGGGCUCCUAUAAACAAUGAUACAAAAAAUAAACCAAUAACUUAUCCAGAACAUGAAAAUAUUAGUCAAGGCAAAGAAAUUAAAACAAAUGUACCAAUACCACAAUUUGUAUCUAAUUUCAACAAAAGUCCGACAAAAUUUAUUGAUGUUAAUGUAAAUAGCACUCUGAUUAAUAAUUUAAGAAAACCUACAAGCCUACUAAGUAUUAUGUCAAGUUUCAAUAAAUCAAGUACUAAUACAUCAAUCCUUGAUACUGCAAAAACAACAACAAAUAAUGAUACUGAUUUAAAUAGCAUCCCUGUAAAAAAUAUACCCGUUACAUACCUUUUGGGUGACAAAUCAUCUUUCUUCAACCAGACUAAAAGUUAUAAUCAAACUCAUACUGUGACUGCGUUACCUAAAAAUAACGCAGACGGCAUGAAGGCAAACAAAUGUCUCAAUCAACCUAAGGGAAAGUAUGCCGACAAGGAUGACUGCAAGAAGUUCUAUUUAUGCUUAGGAGAUGCAAUGCCUGUUUUAGGAGAAUGCCCUAAUGGUACGGUUUUCAGUGAAAGUAAAAAGCAAUGCACUAAAAAUUUAUCGCAAUGCUACAGAAAUAAUCGAUUCAUAUGCCUAUCACCCGGGCGAUAUUAUGAUUUGAGCGUCAAAAAUGUUUAUUACAUAUGCGUGAAAAAUAGAGAGAGAUUCAUACAAUUUAAAUAUCAAUGUCAAAAUGGUUACAGCCUAAACGAAACAAUCGUAAAAUGUAUCAAAGAUUCCGAUUCUUCUGCGCAAAACAAUAGUGAUUCGAAUACAAAAGAAGAUAGUGCAAGUAUUUCAGUGGAGUCGUCUUCGAAAGCAGUCGAAACUUUAAAAAUUAAAAGUAGCAAGAAGGCAGAUACUGAAUUUGAAUGCAAGAAGGAAGGCAAGUACCCACACCCGAAAAAAUGCAAUCAAUACAUUUUGUGUACUAAAAUUAAAAAGUCUGUUUUUCAUCGAAAGGUAAAAUCUUGUGAUUCUGGUGAAGUCUUCGAUAAGGAGAAAAAACAAUGCGUCGAUAGUGACAGUCAUGAAUGCUUAUAAAGAUCACAAACUAGC